AUGGAUCAAGCGAAAUUGGCCAGGCUCCAGCAGAGUGUGCGGAUUGGCAAGGGUACCCCACGACGCAAGAUGAAGAAGGUCCACAAGUCAUCCGGAACCGAUGACAAGAAGCUCCAAACGUCGUUGAAGAAGCUGAAUGUGCAGCCCAUCCAGGCUAUUGAGGAGGUGAACAUGUUCAAGGAAGACGGAAAUGUCAUUCACUUCGCUGCCCCUAAAGUUCACGCCUCCGUCCCCAGCAACACCUUCGCCAUCUACGGCAACGGCGAAGACAAAGAGCUCACUGAGCUUGUACCUGGAAUCCUCAACCAACUGGGACCCGACUCACUUGCGUCUCUCCGCAAACUGGCCGAGAGCUACCAGAGCAUGCAGAAGAGGGAAGGUGAAGAUGACAAGAAGGAUGAUGAUGAGGACGAUGACGAUAUUCCCGAUCUAGUUGAUGGAGAGAACUUCGAGAGCAAGGUUGAAUGA